UAUGGGCAUUUGUCCUUUUGCCUUACUUGAAAAGAAAGAACGUAAAAAAAGUUAAUUGUUUAGAAUUGUCAUUGUCAAAAAUCCAGCAAAUUUGUCAAAAUAACCGCGCACGAUUCUCUGCAAUUUAGAAAUUUAAACAACAAUCUCUGAUGUGCAGUUUUGGCGGGAAACUGUAACACAUAGUUUUAUCAAAAACUACGUCAAUCAAAAAGAUAAGGAAUACUUUUUAAUUUAAAAAUGGACAAAAGAAAACAAUUCCAAGGGCCUCCACCGAAAAGGUUUAAAUCGCAGAAUGACGAAGAAAAUGAAAUGCCAUGUACUUUUGAAGAGCAGCUAGCUGUAAUGGAAUGUGAUUAUGAGUCACAAGUCAUAAUUGGAGAAGGCCCUGAAAAUAUAACUACAAAUAUGAAGUGGAGUAGGCCCGAACCACCAAACAUAGACCCAAAACAAGACAGGUUGGUGUUUCAACAAAUAGAAAUUGAUCACUACAAUGGGCAACCAAUACCAGGUAUGCCUGGAUCUCAACUAAAGCCUGUGCCUAUCAUGAGAAUGUAUGGAAUAACAAUGGAUGGGCAUUCAGUUUGUUGUCAUGUACACGGGUUUUCACCUUACUUUUAUGUCACUGUGCCUAUUAAUUUUAAAGAAAGUUCUUGUAGUGAGUUAAAAAGCAAUUUAAAUAAGGCUAUUUUGGAAGAUUUGCGCUCUAAUAAAGAAGAAAUAAAAGAAUGUGUUUUAGAAGUAAGACUUGUACAAGCUCGUUCAAUCAUGUAUUAUAAAGGUGACGGUGAAAUUGUAUUUGCAAGAGUGUCUGUUGCUAUACCAAAGUUAAUAGCUGCCUCAAAGAGGUUAAUUGAAAAAAGCCCACCAUCCUUUGGAUUGAUGGACCCAUACUUCUAUGAAACCAACGUAGAUUUUGAUAUACGAUUCAUGGUUGAUACUUCAGUUGUUGGUUGCUGUUGGAUAGAAUUACCAGUUGGGAAAUGGUCAUUGCGAAAUUCACAUUCUAUAUUAAAAUCAGAAUCAAGAUGUCAGAUUGAAAUAGAUGUUGCUUGGAAUGCUUUUAUUGCUCAUCAACCUGAAGGGGAAUGGUCAAAAGUUGCUCCUUUCCGAAUAUUGAGCUUUGAUAUUGAAUGUGCAGGCAGAAAAGGUGUAUUCCCUGAACCUAAUCAUGAUCCUGUCAUUCAAAUUGCAUCAAUGGUUAUGAGACAGGGAGAAAAGGAACCAUAUUUAAGAAAUGUUUUUACAUUAAAUACUUGUGCUCCUAUUGUUGGCUCACAGGUUAUUAGUUUUCAAUCAGAAUCUGAAAUGUUAAGUAAAUGGUCAGAUUUCUUCCGUGAACUUGACCCAGACAUUAUUACUGGUUAUAAUAUUAAUAAUUUUGAUAUACCAUAUCUUAUAAAUAGAGCCAAACACCUAAAAGUUUCUAAUUUUGACUUUUUAGGUAGAAUAAAAAACAUUAGAUCAGUUAUAAAAGAUUCAGUUUUGCAAUCAAAACAAAUGGGCCGCAGAGAAAAUAAAAGUGUUAAUUUUGAAGGAAGAGUUCCUUUUGAUUUGUUACUAGUUCUUGUAAGAGAUUAUAAACUCAGAUCAUAUACCCUUAAUGCAGUCAGCUACCAUUUCUUGCAAGAACAAAAAGAAGAUGUUCAUCACAGUAUUAUUUCCGAUUUACAAAAUGAAAAUGAACAAACUAGGAGAAGAUUAGCUAUGUAUUGUUUAAAAGAUGCUUAUCUUCCUUUGAAACUCUUGAACAAAUUGAUGUGUAUUGUUAACUACAUGGAAAUGGCUAGAAUUACUGGAGUCCCCUUAACAUCUUUACUAACAAGAGGCCAACAGAUUAAAGUAUUCAGUCAGUUGUUAAGAAAAGCCAAAGAUGCCGGAUAUUUAAUGCCAGCAUAUCAAGGAAAAGGUUCAGAUGAACAGUUUGAAGGUGCAACAGUUAUCGAACCUAAGAAAGGUUAUUAUGCAGAUCCAAUAUCAACUUUAGAUUUUGCCUCAUUAUACCCAAGUAUUCUGAUGGCUCACAAUUUGUGCUACACUACUCUUUUACAACCAAAUUCACAAAAAGAUAUAAACCCAGAAGAUGUUACUAUCACACCAUCUAAAAAUAUGUUUGUUAAAGCUAAUGUCAGGAAAGGUUUGCUUCCCGAAAUUUUAGAAUCAUUGCUUGCAGCAAGAAAAAAAGCUAAAGCUGAUCUGAAGGAAGAGAAAGACCCUUUUAAAAGAUCAGUACUUGAUGGUAGGCAGCUUGCAUUGAAAAUAAGUGCUAACUCAGUAUAUGGCUUUACAGGAGCACAAGUAGGUAAAUUGCCAUGUCUUGAAAUAUCAGGAAGUGUUACAGCUUAUGGCCGAACUAUGAUAGAAUUCACAAAAACAGAAGUUGAAAAAAAAUACACUAAAGCAAAUGGUUAUAAAGAAGAUGCUGUUGUCAUUUAUGGAGACACCGAUUCUGUUAUGAUUAAAUUUGGAGUUAAGACAUUAGAAGAAAGUAUGGAAUUAGGAAGAGAAGCUGCAGAGUUUGUGUCAGCGAAAUUUGUGAAACCUAUCAAAUUAGAAUUUGAAAAGGUUUAUUAUCCAUAUUUGCUUAUUAACAAAAAAAGAUAUGCUGGUUUGUAUUUUACUACACCUGAUAAAUAUGACAAAAUGGACUGUAAGGGUAUAGAGACUGUAAGAAGAGAUACCUGCCCCCUUGUCUCCAACAUGAUGAGUACUUGUCUUCAAAAAUUGUUAAUUGAUAGAGAUCCAGAUGGAGCAGUGUGUUUUGCUAAACAAAUCAUAUCGGAUUUAUUAUGCAACAGGAUUGAUAUAUCCCAACUAGUCAUAUCUAAAGAGCUAACCAAACAUGAUUAUGCUGCUAAGCAAGCUCAUGUAGAAUUAGCCAGUAAAAUGAAAAAACGUGAUGCUGGUACUGCUCCAAAACUUGGUGACAGAGUUCCUUAUAUACUAUGUUGUGCAGCCAAAAAUACACCAGCUUAUAUGAAAGCAGAGGACCCAAUUUACGUUUUACAAAACAGUAUACCAAUUGAUUUUCAGUACUAUUUGGAAAACCAACUAUCUAAACCACUGCUACGAAUUUUCGAACCCAUCCUUGGAGAGAAAGCAGAGUCACUUCUACUCAAAGGUGAACAUACUCGAACACAGGCCAUGGUCACUUCUAAAGUUGGGGCUUUAGCUGCAUUUACAAAAAAGAAAGAAAAGUGUUUAGGAUGCAAAACUGUUAUGCCCAAUGAUACAAAGGGAGCUUUAUGUAACCAUUGUUUAGAGAAAGAGGGAAAAUUAUACAUAACAGAAAUAUUCAAAUUAAGGCAACUUGAAGAAAAAUUUUCUAAGCUAUGGACUGAAUGUCAAAGAUGUCAAGGAAGUCUACAUGAGGAAGUUCUUUGUACUAACAGAGAUUGUGCUAUUUUCUAUAUGAGAACUAAAAUGGGUAUGGAGUUGGACAGCCAAAACAAAAAUGUAUUAAGAUUUGGAGAAACUAUAUUCUAACACAGUGGUCCUUAACCUUUUUGUGAUGAGGGACCUCUUACGAUUUGCAACCCCCCUAGAAUUGUAAAUCAAUUAGCAUUUCCUUUUCUGUACCUUAUAAUUUUCCUGAUGGCUUCGCUAUAAUUUUUCAGACCACUUUGGGUUUUUCAGUGGUCUGCAAACCACCGGUUCAGAACCACUGUUCUAAAGAUUCAUUGUUCUUUUUGGUAUUUAUAAGAAAUUAAAUACAUAUUUUUUUUAAAUAUAUUUUAUUCAAUCUUCUUGUUUAGUAACAUAACUUGUCCAGAAUAAGAAAAGUGGAAUGAUAUAAAAAAUAAUGAAGAAAUAUCUUUUAAAUUGAAUAAACAUUUUUUAAUUUUUGGAGCCAUAUUAAACUAUUUUGCACAAACCAAUUACAUAUUUCAAUCACAAGUCUUGUAAAAAUGGAACCUGUAAAUUAUAUGAAACAUCAGAAUUCUGGUAAAAAUCUAGUGAGCCCAUUGAAAGUAUUCUAUGGUGAAAAUGGUGAGGUUUUAUGGAACCACGAUGCAAGUGAAACUUUCAGAAUCAUUUAAAAAAGGGGGUUCGCGGAGGGUGGAAAGCGUUCCACCAUUAAACUGCCGAUGAUUGUUGACACGCAC